AUGGCUUGCACAAACAAAGACCAAAAAACCACAAAUGAAACCACAAACACCGUGUCUUCUUCUUCUUCUUCUCCAAUCUUCAUUUCCACUGAGAAUUUACGAACGAUUCUCACCCAUCAAAUUCUAAUGAACCACAUCGACUCCAAUCUCCCCAAAGUUUCAACCUUUCUCCAAACCCCAAUUCGCCAACACUAUAAUCUCUCUCCUUCCUCUUCUCUACUCCUCAUGCCUUCAUGGUCUUCUUCUUCGUCGUUUCCUUACGUUGGUGUCAAGCUUGUAACCCAUUUCCCUCAAAAUUCCUCAAUCAAUUUACCUGGUGUUCAAGGUAGCUAUGUCCUCUUCAAUUCAACAACUGGUCAAACCCUUGCUUCUAUGGAUUCCACUGAACUUACGCUUUACAGAACCUCUUGUGUCUCUGGUUUGGCUUCUAGAUAUUUAUCUAGAGAUGAUAGUGAGGUUCUUGUUAUGGUUGGUGCUGGUUCCCUCGCACCUCAUUUGAUCAGAGCUCAUUUUUCAGCUAGACCCAGUUUGAGAAAAGUGUUGAUUUGGAACAGGACUGUUGAAAAGGCAGAAGCUUUGGCUGAGAAACUGAGAGAAAGCGAUGAGUUUUCACUCUCAGGGAUGAGUUUUGAGGGUUGUGGGUGUUUGGAUGAGGUUGUUGGAUUUGGGGAUAUUGUGAGCUGUGCUACAAACUCUGAGACGGCGCUUGUGAAAGGCGAGAGGUUGAAGGUUGGAGCUCAUUUGGAUUUGGUGGGUUCUUUUAAACCUUCAAUGAAGGAAUGUGAUGAUGAGGCUUUGAAAAGGGGGAAAGUGUUUGUUGACAAUGAAGCUGCAUUGGUUGAAGCAGGGGAGCUGGUGGGUGCUUUUGAAAGGGGAGUGAUCAAGGAAGAUGAAAUUGAGGCAAAUUUGGUGGAGCUUAUUAAAGGUGAUAAAGUUGGGAGAAGAAGUUCAGAGGAAAUUACUGUUUUUAAGUCUGUUGGUUCCGCCGUUGUCGAUAUGCUGGCGGCACAGUUUGUUUAUGAGACAUACACAGGAAAAUAG